UAAUUCAGUAUGAAUUCAGUUUAUCAGAAGAGUUUGAGUCAACUGUAUAUAUUUCUUAAAUCUAUGUUUAUUAUUGUUGGUGUUGCAAGUCGUGAAGCUUUUUUAUUGUGAACACCAUUAGCAUAUUUUUUUACAGUAAUGUACUUAACUACAUAACGUAAAGGUACAUAACUUUCGUAAAUUAAUCUAUGAAUAAAGUCACGUCAUAGAUAAGGUCACGUCGUUGAUUUCUUUGAUUUUAUAUGUUGUGGUUUUGUAAAAGUGAUAUACCUAAGCAUGUUUUUUAAUAUCGUGCAAAGCCUUUUAGAAAUUAUUGUCCUGUAAAAUGUAGCAAGAAAGCUUAUAUUUAUUAAAAAAUGUUAGAUGGGUGGUACUGUAGGUCAAUAGCCAACGAAGCGGCUGCUGCAGAAGAGGAACAGCAAGCUCAAGAAGAAUCCAAAUGUAAAAAAGAGUACAAAUUUUUAAAGAAAAAGCUAAAAACCCUUUUAUAUGAAAAUGAAUGUUUCCAAGAGGCUCUUCGAGCAUCACAGAAACAAUUGCUAAUUGUGACAAGAGAUAGGAACUUUUUGUUAGAUCGUCUGCUGCAGUAUGAAAAAGUCGAAAAUUCAACGUCCGAUUCUGAAAACACAGAUUCAUCUGAUGACACUGAAUCGCCAAGAAAUGAUUCAUGUAAAAGGAAAAAAAUUGAACUCUCAAACAUAAAUUAUGGUAACGGGUCGCUGAAUGUCGGUUCAUCAUCAAAAGUAUUUACUACAGUAAAGCGUAAAAGACCUCUGUCAAGAACACCUAAAUCUAAUAUAAAUCAACCUUUGUUACAGGUGCCCUUAACAAGUAUAUCUGCUAGUAGCAAUACAAUGUCUGAUGGACAUAUGACACCAGAAGAAGUAGAACGUCAUUUACAAUCACGACAAUCUUUUAUAGAAUUAGUUCCUGAAAGAGCCCCUCCAACUGUUCCAACAGAAAUGUUCAGCAAUGAACCAUCUUUAGACAGUGAAUCAAAUGAUGUGGCGGAAUUAGAAACUUCACCUAGUAAUAUUGGAGAUGAAGUUAGUAUUGAUAUGAUUGCUGAUUAAAAUUAUAAAUAUUUUAAAGAACUGCUAAUAAUUAAGCAAUUUAAUAAAUAACUCCAAAAUG